GUGGGCUGCUGGGAUAAGAGAGAAGGAAACAGUAAAAAAAAAAAAAAAGUAAUUCACACACAAGCACACAGAAGAAGAAGGGAGGUGCUCGACAAUUCCUCCCUUUUGCGCGGACUUAAGCGGCUGCAAAGACUUGAACAAGGUGCAGCACAAUGUUGGGAGUGCUCCUCAUUCUGUCCUUCGCACACCUGGUGGCACUGGCGCCUCCUCCCGAUGACCCCUUUGUACCCUGCAGACGUUGCUGCGAUCACCUUCAACCAACAGAGGACAGCCCAUCUCCGCCCCCAAUGGGGAUGUACAACCAGGUCCCCGAAGUCCGCACCUACAUCAACAUGACCAUCCUUAAAGGUGACAAAGGAGACCGCGGUGAUCGAGGGACACCAGGUAAGACCGGACAGGAAGGCCCUUCAGGACCCGUCGGCCCAACGGGCUCAAAAGGCUCAAAGGGCCAGGCUGGCCUUCCAGGUGACCCCUGCAAAGUUAACCACGCCGCUUUCUCCGUUGGGCGUCGCAAGUCCCUCCACAGCCUGGAGGCCUACCAGACACUGAUAUUCGACACGGUUUUCGUAAACCUCGACGACCACUUCAAUAUGUUCAGCGGGAAGUACGUCUGCCACACGCCCGGCGUCUAUUUCUUCAACGUCAACAUCCACACGUGGAACUUCAAGGAGACGUACCUGCACAUCAUGCGGAACGAGGCCGAGCAGGCCAUCGUGUACGCCCAGCCCAGCGACCGCUCCAUCAUGCAGAGCCAGAGCCUCAUGCUGGACUUGGGCCUCGGCGACGAGGUGUGGAUCCGCCUGUACAAGAGGGAACGGGAGAAUGCAAUUUACAGCGACGAUGUGGAUAUUUACAUCACUUUCAACGGAUACCUCAUCAGAGCAAGCACAGAGUAAUGUUGUGUUCGUUGUAAGCAUCACAACAUUGUAGUAAAUAAUAAAUAUUUAAGCUUAAUAUUGCAUGCAGGUUACAACAGGUGUGUAUUGGUUUCAUUGUUCUGAUGACAUGCUUUUACUGCUUACAUCCUCCAGCGCAGGGUUAUUCAACUGUUGGCGCAGGAAUGACACCCCCCUGAGUUCAGUUCAAAACUUCUUUGCACAAAAUUCCUAAAAACACUUCUUUGCAGAUCCUUGCAUUGACAUUUUUAACCUUGCUAGCAAACAGUACACUGGGGUCAUAACUUGUGAUGUGGACUGAGGUGUUCCUCAAGGCACCCCUUUAAGUACUCUCCUUUUUGACAGUUAUUUUUUAUUAUUAGAUUUAUUUAACUAAGUGUUGUUGUAGCUUGUUUACUUCAGAUGCAGCCAGAAGUCAUUGUUCAACAUCUUUAACUAUUCUACGGUGUUCCUCACGGUUCUAUUUUAGGUCCUAUCUCAUCAGCUAUUCACCUAGAGGCCCGCGAUUUUAGGAAAAAAAAAACUUUAAAGACUCACAUUUUUUGCAGCAGAUACUUAAAAACACUAGAGGAAUGUUACAAAACCCAAAACCAGUGAAGUUGGGACGUUGUGUAAUUUGUAAAUAAAAACAGAAUACAAUGAUUUUCAAAUCCUUUUCAACUUGUAUUCAAUUGAAUA